AUGGAAUCUUCCGCGGAGCACGCUGAACGCCUACGGAAACUCAAGUCAAAGCGAGAUAUUGAGCCUUCCGAGGAGCAUACUCUUCGCCUACAGAACAUCAAGGAAAAGCGUGAUAUGCAACCUCCCGUAGCGUACGAAUUACGACUACAGCAGAUGGCGGCGCGGCGCGACAUGAAAACUUCAGAAGAGCGUGCGACAAGUCUCCUAAAUCUGAAGGCUAGACGCAUUAUGCAAUCUCCGGAAGCGCAUGCCUCGCGACUGCGUAAGCAGAAGGCAUACUGGGAUAUGGAAACUCCAGAAGUGCAUGCUACGCGGCUUCUAAACCUCAAGGCGAAGCGAUACAUGGAAUCCCUAGAGCAACAUCGGGCGCGAUUGGACAACCAAAGAGCUCAACGAAGCUUGGAGUCUCGAGAAGGCCGUGUUAUGCGUUUGAGAGGCAUCCAAGUCAAGUCGCUGUUUGAUGUACAGUACCUCAAGCACAUGCCUGACAAAGCAACCAUGCAACAACUGGCGAUGAACGACAACAUGGCGUCCCCUACUCUUUUCGAUCGAAGCAUCGAGGCGUUCACCAAAGUUGUUGUGGGUUUCGUCAAGACAAUCGGUCGACCAAGAAAGACUGGCGGAAUAUUCGGCUAUGGCAAGGACCUUCUUCACACCCCCUGCAAGGCGUGUGAACAUGUGGAUACCAAGUAUGAAGCGCUCGACCCUCCUUUGACAGCCUUCGAAAAACCACGCCGCUCAGAAGGCGUGCUCCCGAAAGAGCCCAUUAUGGCCAAGUGUGGACAUUGCAACACGAUGGUCAGCUCCCAGCACUUGUCCAACACAGCGUCGAAUACGUACGUUGCCCCCGACAAAGACACAUUUUGUUUGGAUCAUAUCUACCGCGAGCUGUCGAGCACACCGUUUGGGCCAAAUGAGACCCGACGGGACGGUCGCAUUGCUCUUCGUGCUUCAAACAAAGCCGCAACACAAGAGCUGCACAAAUGUGCCGAUAUUUGUUCCCUCGGGCCCGAGUUGAUGUUGGACGCAUUGGCACCAGCUGAAGAUGGCGUGGCCUUGUCCGAUGAAGUCAAGUGCCGUCGUCGCUUGGCGUCUCACAUGUUCAACAUGACGAGAAAACAAGAAGUUGCUGGCCCAUUGUGUGCAUUAUACCUGUUGCGCGAGUCGUGCGCUUACACAAGCCACUUUUACAAGAAAAUGCCCAUCCGCCACGUGUUGAAGUUCUUGCACCAUCACAUCGACACUCCAUUUGAAGUGACCAUCAACAUCAAGGAUAGCACGCUGACUCCUCUGACCUUGAAAGUGACGAGGAUGAAGAUGCUUCACCACUUGCUGGACCAAGGCGCCCUGGGCAAUCAAGCGUAUUCGUACCGGUUGGACAUCUCAUGGUUUGAGUUCACGUCCAAGUUCUUCCGCGCGAAUAGCGCUGACGGCACAUCGUCCGAUAAACUCUUCGUGGAACGACAUUCCCUGCACAAGUCGAAGUGCAUUGGGGUACAUCGCUUGGCGCGUAUUCCCGUUCUAACUGGUGGUGUGCGCGUGCCAUUCUUUGGGGAUUGUUUGAAACCCGUGGAGAGAGAUAUCCACGCCCAAGUUGCUUUGGUUAUGUUCAAACCAUUUCGUGUGUUGUCGGAUUUGUGCCCACACGGCUCAACAUGGCAUGCAGCGUGGGAAGCCUUUCAACCUACGAUGAGCACUGAAUGCUGCAAAGACAAGAACGUCCAGGGAGGAAGAACAGAACAUCCAAAUGGAAAACGACUGAUGGGCGCCCUGAGCCUGGGGACUUCGACGACAUUGACUUCGAAAGCGCACUCCUGGUUGCCAGUAGACAUCCAGGAACCAGCCACUUGGACUGUGAUGAUGCACUCGGAAUUGUAUCAAGCCGUAUCAUCGUCGGAGAUGAGCAACAAAGUCAAGUUUCCAACUAUGACGCCCAUUGAAGCGGAUAUCGUAGCAUUGGUUGGUGGCAAGUCCCUCGAUGAAGCGUCAACAACAACAUCCUCAAGUUACAUGUCCAUUUUGGGUACUUGGGACCAGCGACAUCGUUGCCGUGAACAGUUUGCGUCGGAUGUCAAAGGUCUAAAGACAUGGAUGUCGAAAAAACGCGUGAAACGAGUUGUCACGUCGAAAACCAAUUCCGUGUUGAAGAAAGCAGCGAUGCAUCGAUGGCUUGGUGUACAGCCGUCUGGCGAGAUUCCAACGUUGGUCCAAGUCAACGUUCCGGGUGCAUUGGAUCCGUCAACGAUUCUCUGGAUUGGAAUGCACAACUUGACCCCGAGCACUGUUCAUGACGCGAAAGAAGCCGACGAGAAAGGCGUGCCUGGCUACACGGAAGAUCUCAAGCUACUCCUGGUGGACGAAAUGUCCAUGAUGAGCAAACAACAGUUGUUUGACUCGACGAGGCACUUCGUGCACGGACGAAGCUGA